UCCGAACAGGAAAACUAAAUGAAAAUGAUGCAACAAAAAUGGAGCAACAAAAACAACGGAACAAAUUCAGCUCUACUUCUAGAGCAUUAAUUAACUAAUUAAUUAAUUAAUGGUAGGUACAAUACCACAAUGGAAAGACAAAAUAAUCAAGGAUACAGAUUGACACUUGAAGAAGAAGAAGAGGAAAAUGGAUCGAAUCACAUAAAUUCUAUUGAUUCAGUUGAAGAAGAAGAAGAAUCAUAUAUUCGUUGGGUGUUUGAAGAUAAUAAUGAGGAAGACGAGGAUGGACACGAAGACGAUUUACGGUUGCGAAACGGAAUGGAUUCGGAUGACAGUGCAGAAGCAGCUGACCAUAGGUUGAUUCGAACUGGACCUAAACUUGAUUCAUUAGAUGUUGAAACACUCGAAGUUUCCGGUGCUCAACGCAACGAUUUCGAGGAUGUUACUUUUAGUAAGAGCAUUAAACUGGCUUUUCAAACACUCGGGGUUGUUUUUGGGGAUGUUGGAACAAGUCCCCUAUAUACUUUCAGUGUGAUGUUCAGCAAGGCUCCAAUAGAAGGAAAUGAAGAUAUUAUUGGAGCUUUAUCUCUUGUUAUAUAUACACUGUUUUUGAUUCCACUUAUUAAGUAUGUCCUGGUUGUUCUUUGGGCAAAUGACGAUGGUGAAGGUGGUACAUUUGCUUUGUAUUCACUUAUAUGUAGGCAUGCUAAGGUCAGUCUACUCCCCAAUCAGGUUGCUUCUGAUACACGUAUAUCAAACUUCAAGUUGAAGGUCCCAUCUGCAGAACUAGAGAGGUCAUUGAGAAUAAAAGAGCGCCUUGAAGCUUCAUUACAACUGAAAAAGCUUCUUUUGAUGUUGGUGCUAGUUGGUACUUCCAUGGUGAUAGCCGAUGGGGUUGUUACACCUGCAAUGUCAGUCAUGUCCGCUGUCCGUGGUCUAAAGGUUGGAGUUCCCUUGGUCGAAGAAGAUCACGUGGUGAUGAUUUCAGUUGCAUAUCUCAUUGUCUUGUUCAGCGUACAAAGAAUUGGAACAAGCAAGAUUGGGCUUGCUCUAGGGCCAGCCUUAUUUCUAUGGUUUUGCUCCCUUGGGGGAAUUGGCAUCUACAACCUUGUGAAACAUGAUAGCAGUGUCUUGAAGGCAUUUAAUCCCAUUCACAUCUAUUAUUACUUUAAAAGGGACUCAGCUAAGGCUUUCUACUCUCUCGGUGGAUGUCUACUAUGUGCAACUGGUUCAGAAGCAAUGUUUGCAGAUCUUUGCUAUUUUUCUGUGGGAGCCAUUCAGCUUAUUUUUGCUUUCCUUGUACUUCCGUGCCUUUUAUUGGGUUACCUGGGUCAAGCUGCCUACCUCAUGGAUAAUAGUGGUGACACAGAGCAGCCUUUCUUUUCUUCUAUCCCAUAUGCUAUUUUUUGGCCGGUCUUCUUCAUUGCUAAUAUUGCUGCAUUGAUUGCCAGCAGAACAAUGACAACAGCAACCUUCUCUUGUGUCAAACAGUCAAUAGCACUUGGUUGUUUUCCUCGGCUAAAAAUUGUACAUACUUCUCGCAAAUUCAUGGGUCAGAUUUAUAUUCCCGUAAUUAACUGGUUUCUGCUGGGCGCUGCUCUUCUUCUUGUCUGCUUUAUUGCCAGCACUAAUGAGAUCGGAAAUGCAUAUGGCGUUGCUGAAAUUGGAGUGAUGAUGAUGAGUACUAUCUUAGUAAUCCUGGUAAUGCUUCUUAUAUGGCAGAUAAACAUCAUUCUGGUGCUGUCUUUCUCCAUUAUUUUCCUUGGGUUGGAGGCUGUAUUCUUUUCAUCAGUUGUAUGGGGUAUCAGAGAUGGAAGCUGGCUCAUCUUGGUAUUCGCCAUAGUUGUAUAUUUCAUAAUGUACAUAUGGAAUUAUGGUAGCAAGCUUAAAUAUGAAACAGAAGUUACGGAAAAGAUGUCAAUGGAUUUGAUGCGUCAAUUGGGUAGCAAUCUUGGAACUGUGAGAGCUCCUGGCAUUGGAUUGCUUUACAAUGAGCUGGCAAACGGUGUGCCUACAAUAUUUGGACAAUUUCUAGCCACUCUUCCAGCUGUCCAUUCAAUGAUUAUUUUCGUGUGCAUUAAGUAUGUUCCUGUUCCUUUUGUGUCUCCCAAUGAGAGAUUCUUGUUCAGGCGAGUCUGCCCAAAAAGCUACCACCUAUUUCGUUGUAUUGCCAGAUACGGCUACAAGGACGUCCAUAGAGAGAAUCACCAGAUAUUUGAGCAACUUCUAAUCGAAAGCCUCGAGAAAUUCAUCCGCCGAGAAGCAAAAGAAAGGUCAUUAGAGAGUGACGUGGAUGCCGAUACUGAAUCCGAAGACGAGUCUUCACACGUCCUUAUUGACCCAAAUGGGACAGUCUAUUCACUUGGUGCCCCUCUCUUAUCUAAGCACAAAAACAAAACCUCUAAACAGCCCAUUAUCUCAGAAGCAAGCACUUCACAUGAGCCUGAAAAGGAACCUGGAAAUAGCAACUCUGGUCAAGACAAGAGUUUGGAGAAUGAGCUCGAGGUUUUACGUAUGGCUAAGGAGUAUGGGGUCGUUUAUCUUCUUGGUCAUGUAUCUAUUAGGGCGCGAAAAGACUCAUGGUUUAUAAAGAAAUUGGCCAUAAAUUAUUUUUAUGCAUUUCUGAGGAAAAAUUGCAGGAGGGGGAUCGCAACUUUGAGUGUCCCACACACACGUUUGAUGGAAGUGGCCAUCACCUACAUGGUUUGAGCCACCAACAUGGCAUUAGGUUUGCUAUUACGGCUGUGCAGAUUUUGAUAUCUGUAGUUGCUGGAUGGGCAAGAUUGAUUUAAUUUGUGAAUUAAUGAUUACCAACUUUGUGUGUAAUUUUUUGACGUUGAUGAAGUUAAAGCAUACAGGGUAAAGAAAGGGACGUUGCUGGUUGUUGGUUCAUUCAUACAUCAAGUUAUUAGCUUUGUAUUGGUAGAGGUCAAGCGGGUUAUAACCCAAAAGGAAAAUGUUGUAUUGUUUUUAAACUUUUGUUAAGGUAUAAGAAACGAGAUUGUUCAGAUAGUUAUCUUACUUUUAUAACAUGAUGAGGUAUUUGUUGCUGUUA